AUAAAAUUGUAUAAAGGACCUUAAUUGGAAAAGAAAAAUCUUAAUUGUGUUUGAUCAAAAUCAAGCUUUUUGUCGUCUUUGCCGACCCGUACGUAAAAAAAAUUACUUCCGUCUUUUGUUGUCAUGGCGCCGUUUUAAACUAAGCUUCAGUAAACAUGUACAGCUUCCCUUCUAAACUAUAUUUAAUUCCGCCUAUAAACAGUAUAUUCAUAUAUUAGAACACAAUAUAUUAACCGGAGACGACACGACAUAACGGAGGAGUUUGGGGUAAAGAUACCGUUUGCUAAAUCAACCUAGAGACGAGGUUACCCUUGAUGCUAGCUAACGCAUUACCACCACUAGUCAAGAAUAGUUUUAUGUUUUGUCUGGAUUCGAGGAUGUUUACCCUAAAAUGACCACACAGCACGUGCAGGCCGGACCUGUUAAUUCCCUUGGACAGGACAAUCUAAAUAGAGCCUGGGUUGCCGUUAACCUCAACGUAAACGUUGGAGAUCCUGCCAUCAUCAGAACGACGAAUAAGCUUUUGUUUAAUGAAGCCAUCCCAGCGAGUGCGAUCAACCGUGCUACCAGAGUCGGCCCUCCAGCUCCAAUUGUGAUUGAAAAACUUCUGCCGCGGACAGAGGAGGCUGAGAAUGGGAGAAGCAGCAGAAGCUCCCUCGGCUUCACAGCGCUCUCUGAGGAGAGGCUUCAGGCGGCUGUGAAGUUGGCCAAAAAAGAUCUGAGACGAAGGCGCUUUGAGUCACAUGCUAACAUUGGAUUCAAACCUCUGCAAGAGAUCUCCUACUUUGAAACAAGUGAUGUGGAGCUACUUGAGGAACUAGCAGCCAGUCCAAGCAAAACAAAGUUAAAAGUCUCAAGUCCAAAAGAGAAGGUAGCUCGACCGGGUACCAAGCAGCACAUUUCACAGAAAUACCCGGCUUCGUCUUUGCCUCGUGCUGGCCAGUCCCCUCCAACCAGAGACUCUGGCUUAGGCCAAAAAAAAGGAGACAAACGGACACCUCUAAGCCAAGAGAUCCAGAAACUCCAAAACGAACUGGAAGUGUACAUACAGAAAGUAGAAGAAUUGGCUAACAGAGAGGAGAACGUGGAGGAACCGUUUGAACCUGAGGAGCAAACCAAGUUGGAAAUGCGAAGACAGAAGCAGGCGGCCCGCUCAGCACAAGUCAUUUAUGUCCUUCAGCAACAAGUAAAAGAGAUACGACGAGAUAUUGAAAAUUUAAGAGCAGACAAAACAUGGGACACUAAAAAGGCCAUCGCCAUAAACAAGCUUGCAGCUGCUCACCGUGGAGCUCUCAGAGCCUUACAGGUUAUUAGCCACCAGCUCUCAGAUGUGUCUCAUAGCAAGGUGCCCCCUCACUGCAAAGAACUCGGGCAGCUGCUUCGCCAGCUGUCUUUGUGCUCAGCAAAAGUCGAAGUGGACCAGGAUUCAGCUGUGCCUGGAAUUGCUCUAGACAUUCUGCAGAAACUAGAGGUCAGAAGCAUAAAUUACAAUCCUACUUUGGACUCUGUCCUCAGCAAACAACAUUUGCAUGAAAAGAGGCAGAACCAUGCAUACUCUCCACAUAGGAAGCUACCUCAUCGCAGCAUGUCACCCUCCCCUGCACCCAAGGGUCCCAGCAUGUCAGCUGCUGGAAGACCUCCCUUAAAGCCCAAAAGAGGUUUCCAUGGAGAAAGGAGAAUGGGACCUCACACUUCCAGAAGAACUUCUCCCACUUCUCACCAGCCUGUCAGGAGGAGAGAUGCUCUCCACGUUGGCCUGCGCCUCGUCGCCCAGCAGAGGGAGCUAAAGAAGCUUCAGGGACGAGUUAAGAAAAACGCUGCCUCCAGCAAAGAGCAGCGUCCAGAAAAGAGAAAGUCUCAUAUUCCAGGCGCAGGCUUCCAGCAGCCCACGGUUUCCUCUCGGCUCCGAGUGAACCAGCUCCCUGAAAAGCAACACUCAGUGCCCUGGAUUCCAACAUCCCCCCACUCUCCACCUCCACAGCGCAGAUCUCCUCAGAGAGGGAUAUCAGAGCCUCGCUGCCUCUUCUCUCCAGUGAAGCCCCCACUGAGCCCCCCAAAGCAGCAGGUGGGGGGUGGAUUGGACACAGAGCUGACUCUGAGCCCAACUAAGGCAAAAGAAGCCCAGAACGAAGCAUUAAGGAAAGCUUGGCUGGAUAAGUUGACUGUGCAGAGACAGAAGGAGCUGAAUCAUUUCACUAUAGAAGAGGCUGAACGCAUCCAGAGGUUAAGGUCUGAAGUCAUCUCAGCUCAAACAUCUGACAAAGAGAAGACGAGCAAAGAGAGGACCCGGCCUCUUGUAAAGGGUCCUCAGACACAUUGUCCUGCUCAGGCGGCGGGCGGUGCUGAACGGCUCAGCGAGGCGCUCCUGGAGGAUCUUUCGGAGGACACGGCAGCACGGGCAGCUGAGGCAGACAGACGGUUUGAGGGCCUGGCCCUGUGUGGGCUGCCAGCCUCCACCCUGGAGAGCAUGUUGCUUCGUAUGGAGGAGAUACAGAGAGAUGAGGAGGAAGUGAGAAGACGAUUCGCUUCUAUCACCUACUCAGACCCUCUUUACUGGAACCGAGAAGGAUCCCAGCGCCGGGUCCCGGGCUCCAGGCCAGCCUCUCCACAGCCAAUUAGAUUCACAAGGCCAGUGUUAAAGCAGACUUCUGCAGCUGACAUUGUCCUCGAGAAACCCUUGGAUGUUGGUCACGACUUCCUGUUUGAGAGCAGCCUGACAGACCAGGCAUCCCAAUCUGAACAGGUACCCACGAGCAGCACCGUUACCCGCAGGCCGCUGGAGAGGAGCAAAGGGACUGUUAUCUCAGUGCCAAGCAGCAUGCUGAGAAGCAUCCGCCACUACCAGGACAACUACGACACCUUUGUGCGCUCUAAGGCUCAUGAAGCACCUGGCGGCUUCAACCCCUGGGCUGUUGCAGAAAGCUUGGCAGAUGAGUUCCUGUCGGAGGUGCUGGAUGAUGUAGCCACAGAGUUCCAGGAUGUGGUGGAGGAGUACGCCGAGGCCGUCUUCACUUCAGAGUUCCUGCAGCCGAUACAGUCGCCUCCUGCUUCAACUGCAGCUGUGGUUAGGCAAUAAGUUUAUGGAUCAAUGGUCUAGCAAGACCAGGAAUAUUUAUUAUUUUUAUGGAUUUUUUUAUGUUCUCAGAGUGGAUAUUUCACUUAAGAAUAAUGUCUUUUUUAAAGGCUGCAUCAGGUUAUUUGGAUUUCAGGUGUUUAUUUUUUUUUUAUCAGAAAGCGCAGCAGAUGGAUGAAUUGCACAGGUAACAUUGAUUUCAUUUCUAUUUGUGGUCCAUUUUUAUCUGUGAUUGAACUCUGCUGGGCAAGUUAGUUUAGGGUCGAUAAGCUUGGAGAGACCAUUACAACAUUACAAAGGAUUAGAAGAUUACAAGCCUCCCUUCAGACAUGCUUUAAAGUUCUCAGAGGAUUUUUCACUCUGUUUUCUUCUACAUUGAAUUAUGGAAAUAUAUUAAUUGCAUCCAGUCUUUGUCAAACAUUCUUCUGAAGUAUGGUUUGUUUAAUCUGUUGUAACAUAAUGUCCUCUCUUUGCUUUAAUGUCCAAAUAAAAGGGUGUCUGUGCUGAAUAACA